GAUUAUUAUAGCAGAAGACUUCAUGAAGAACAAACUGAACCAAUCCCAGAAGGCCAGGGAAGCAAAGGAACACGGCAAACACAAUGCUAAGUGUGCAGCUCUUCUGCUCCUCUUAAAUGUUCAGUCCUGCAGGGAACUGGAAGACAGCUGGGAACUCUGUGGGUCGCCUCACCUGAGCUCAGAUCUGAAAACCAAACAUGACGAAUAAUUCAACCUGCUCCAGUGAUACAGACCUCAAACCUUAUUAUGCAAUUACAUACACGUUCAUUCUGAUCCCUGGACUAAUAGGAAACAUAUUAGCUCUGUGGGUUUUUUACGGCUACAUGAAGGAGACUAAAAGGGCUGUGAUAUUUAUGAUUAAUUUAGCCAUUGCUGAUUUAUCACAAGUUUUAUCCUUGCCUCUAAGGAUUUUCUACUACUUGACUGGAACAUGGGAGUUUGGAGGAGGUCUCUGCAUUUUUUGUUUCUACCUGAAGUAUGUCAAUAUGUAUGCAAGCAUCUAUUUCUUGGUUUGCAUUAGCGUAAGACGAUUUUUGUUUCUUAUGUACCCAUUCAAAUUCAACGACUGCAAACGCAUUUGUGAUGUGUAUAUCAGCAUUGUCGGGUGGAUCAUAGUCUUCAUUGGCUGUUUGCCUUUCCCUCUUUUGAGACUUCACCAGAAUGUUAAAAACACAUGUUUUGUGGACCUUCCUGUAAAGGAAGUUGACCUUCCCAUCUCCAUUGCCAUGAUGACAAUAGGUGAAUUGGUGGGGUUCAUAACGCCCCUACUAAUAAUUCUAUACUGCUCAUGGAAGACUAUCUUAUCCUUAAAAGAAAAAAAUUCUGCCUCACACGACCUUGGAGAGAAAAAAAAGGCUUUAAAGAUGAUUCUCACCUGUGCUCUAGUAUUUCUGAUUUGCUUUGCACCUUAUCAUAUCAGUUUUCCAUUAGAUUUCUUUGUUAAAACCAAAAAGAUUAAAAAUAAAUGUGUCCAGAAAGUGAUAUCAGUGUUUCAUGCUGUAGCUUUGUGUCUUGCCAGUUUAAAUUCCUGCGUAGACCCAGUCAUCUACUACUUUACUACAAACGAGUUCAGAAGACGACUUUCAAGACAGGAUUUACAAGACAGCAUUCAGCUACACAACCUAAGUUAUGUGAAAAAGCAUCUCAGAACUGAACCCAAGGGACAAGUUGUAGACUGUUAAUACUGAACUUCCUGAAAUGUUUUCAGAGACUUCAGAUGUUCUCUGUCAUUUGGGAUU